CCGCUGACCUGAGGAGCUGAGCAGCAUCCGGCAAUGUGCCUCUAAUGGGCAGAAAACAACUUUCUCUUCUUUUUGAUCUGGCCAUUUAACAAGUCCAUCGACGCUACGUCUUUAAAAGCACAGGACUUUGAUAAGGACUAUAUUUGGAGUUGUUGUUUAUUUACUAAAGAUGUCUAUAUUGCCUUUCACUCCUCCGAUUGUGAAGAGACUGUUGGGCUGGAAGAAGGGCGAGCAGAACGGACAGGAGGAGAAAUGGUGUGAGAAGGCAGUGAAGAGUCUGGUGAAGAAGCUGAAGAAGACAGGACAGCUGGAGGAGUUGGAGAAAGCCAUCACCACCCAGAAUAUCAACACCAAAUGCAUCACUAUACCGAGGUCUCUGGAUGGCCGACUGCAGGUAUCUCACAGAAAAGGCCUUCCCCAUGUGAUCUACUGCCGGCUGUGGCGCUGGCCUGACCUGCAGUCCCACCACGAGCUGCGUGCUGUAGACUUGUGCGAGUUUGCCUUCCAUACGAAGAAAGACGAGGUGUGUGUGAACCCUUACCACUACCAGCGUGUAGAGACACCAGUUUUGCCGCCAGUCCUGGUUCCUCGGCAUGCUGACAUCUCCACAGACUUCCCUCCGCUGGAUGAUUUCAUCCCUGAGAACACCAUAUUCCCAGCGGGCAUUGAGCCUCCGAGCAACUAUAUACCGGUUUCAGAGACCCCUCCUCCAGGCUACCUGAGUGAGGAUGGGGAAACCAGCGACCACCAAAUGAACCACAGCAUGGACACAGGCUCCCCAAACCUUUCACCCAACCCUGUCUCUCCUGCAAACAGCAACCUAGAUCUGCAGCCGGUAACAUAUUGUGAAUCCGCAUUUUGGUGCUCGAUUUCCUACUACGAGCUGAAUCAGCGUGUGGGUGAGACUUUCCACGCCUCGCAACCAUCUUUGACCGUAGAUGGCUUUACGGACCCCUCUAACGCAGAGCGCUUCUGCCUGGGCCUGCUGUCCAAUGUCAACCGCAAUGCAGCUGUAGAGCUGACGCGCAGACACAUCGGCCGAGGUGUGCGUUUGUAUUACAUCGGCGGUGAGGUGUUUGCUGAGUGUCUGAGCGACAGUGCUAUUUUCGUUCAGAGUCCGAACUGUAACCAGCGCUAUGGCUGGCACCCCGCCACAGUAUGUAAGAUUCCUCCAGGCUGUAAUCUGAAGAUCUUCAAUAAUCAGGAGUUUGCAGCUCUGUUGGCCCAAUCAGUGAAUCAGGGAUUUGAGGCUGUUUACCAGCUAACCCGUAUGUGCACCAUUCGCAUGAGUUUCGUCAAAGGCUGGGGGGCAGAAUACAGGCGGCAGACAGUGACCAGCACCCCCUGCUGGAUAGAGCUGCAUCUCAAUGGCCCCCUGCAGUGGCUGGACAAGGUGCUCACUCAGAUGGGCUCUCCGAACCUCCGCUGUUCCAGUGUGUCAUAGGACAAACCCUCAGCCCGUUUCAUGUAACCAUACCCUUCUAAUGACAUCGUCUAUUGCUGCUGAAUGCCAAGCAAACAAACAGAGCAAAACCAAGGACGGGGGAGACAAACACCUGCUGGACUCCUCAGAGUGUCACUUUAUCAUUUACAGAUCCUAAUAUUUUGCUUUGGGCAAAAAUAGGCACGUACAGUUGAAGCACUUUGAACAAUGACACUCAAGGAGUGUGGAUGAUAUUUCCACAGUGUGAUGAGUUUAAAAUGAGGCAUUUUCCUCAUUGUGAAUUUAAAUGUGAUAAUGAAAUUAUGAUUUUGUCAGUUUUUGUUUUGAUCAAGAAGUGUAUCACGCAUUUAAUUUGAUCUGAAGGUAUUAGAAUCAUGGGCUCAGAAUAUGAUUGCUUAAAAUCAUAAACAUCCUCAUAGGGGGCCUCAAAGAGUGCUUUGUUUCCACCACCUUCAGUGAAGGGGUCUUGUGUGAACUUUUACAGUAUGUUAGCCUGAAGCUAGAGCUUCAGGAAGCUGUUUGUGUAGUUGUGCUCAAGUAAAUUGCACUGCGCUGCACAGGUCAAUAUACAAUGUGAUUGCGAUUGCCGUUGAUCUCAUGCACGGUCGACCAGGUUUGUAUACUCCUGACAGGAACUGAGGUACUUAGCCUUGAUUAUGAAAAGCACUUGUUUUUACAACCCAGUGAUGGUGUGAACAACAAAAUAGCAUUGGAAAUUUGUCAGUGACAUGCUAGUAGCUAAUAGUGCCAUUUUAUUUCUUGAACUUCAUGGAUACUGUUUGAAUUUUGCUCGGCAAAGACAUUUUUGUAUAAAGUAUUUUUGCAUUAUAAACGGAAUGGAGAUUGCGAAAGUAUAUUUUUACUGCUGCCCUAGGGUAUUGUAAUUAAGAUCACUGUCAUGUUACGCAUAGAUAUAAAACAAA